CACAAUCAAGUGUUUCCGUUGUAAACAGCAAUAGUUACAGCUUUAUCGGGAACAAGUUAACAUCUACCUCAAGUGAAAAGAAUAUUAAAAUACUUUCCUUCAUGUGGCAUAAGCAUUUGGCAACAGUCUCUUGUACUAAUUAAAUUGUGUCCUUCCAGGUAUCUUGUACUGGAUCCUCUGCUCUUAUCCAUCAGGUUAUUUCACAUUUGACAAUGAUCAGAUUACACCAAACUACUCUCUAGAUAUGGGAGAAACUCAGGAAUUUGGACUCUAUAUCUUUUAAACCACAGAUGUCCCAUCUACCUACACAGUCUUUAGAACCUUUGCCGAUCUGAUAGAAGUCUUAUACUUUUAAUCCUAAUCCUUCAGUUGCUUCAAAAGAGAUCCACACCAUCCCUGAUCACAUACACAACUUCACCAACAAGAACCAGAAAUCUACCAUCAUCCUAGGUCGCAUACACAGCCUUGUCAGCAAAGACCAGAGAUUUACCAUCAUCCCAGGUCACAUAUGCAGCCUCUUCAGCACUAGGGAUCCACCACUAACCAAGUUACAUCCACAGCUUCAUCAAUAAGGACCAAGGAUUUACCACCAGCCCAAGUCACAUAUGCCUCAUCAGCAGAAAGUCAAUGAGGUCCAUGCCUUCCAAGUGCCAUAAACUGAGUCAUCACCUGGCUGGACCACCAGAGGCAGUCAGUGAGAGAAUAUGACCCAGAGGUAAGGCAGAUUCAGAAGUCAUCUAACCUGUCCAAAGUCUGAGCUCAAAGGUUAACUAUUCCUGAGGAGUUCAUCAGCAGAAGAGUGCAUCCAGCAAUCCACCGGCUUCAAGACAACCAGCUCAACAACAGUCCUCCCCUGCAUACGAAUAUGAGGACUUCUUUCUAACCAAAGGACACCUGGCUUGAAAUGAAGUCAGUGCUGACACUUCACAGGAAAAAAUUACCAACCAUCAGAAAUGCCAAGACUUUGUCAUUUCAUCUCGACUGAGAGUAUUUUAAAGCUCAACCAGAACAACGUGUUCACCGUUAAUGAAUUCUUACAAAUUGACUCUGAUACGUUGUCCGUUUAUGCCUCUUUGCCUGUGGAGGAUAUUAUUUCAGUUAAGCAACAAUUGCUUGAAGCUUAUUCCGGUGAUGUCAAAAGUGGUUUUGAUCUGCUGCAUUUUGAGGAUAGAGGUCUGUGCAAGACGGGAAUCGAAGAAUUGGACAGCCUGACAAAAGGCGGCUUGAGACCCGGCUCAAUUCUCGAACUGUCCGGACUGUCCGGGUCGGGGAAGACUCAACUUGCUUUAAACAUAUUGGUGAAUUUGUCGCUGAAGGACGACAUCGAUGCUGUAUACAUCGACACAAAAAAUGACUUUCGCCCAGAACAUUUCUCUUCUCUGCUGAAGGCAAAAUUAAAAGAGGAUGAGAAACUGGAAGGGAUUAUUAAAAAAAUAUUUUUACAAAAAAUAAUGGAUAUACACGAGUUAAUUUCAGCUCUGCACAAUUUGAAAAUUAAAUAUUCUGAAUCAAAAAGAAACAGUAUUAGACUGAUUAUAGUUGAUUCAAUUUCUGUUGUUAGCUUUCCUUUUUUAGGAAAUAACGAGGGUCUGCCGCUGUUGAACCAUAUUGCCUGUGUCGCCAAAUUUCUUGCAGCUGAGUUCAACGCAAUAAUUAUAUUUAUCAAUCUUGCCAUACGACAUUUUAAUGAUAAAGAAGCGACUGAGGAAUUGAGACCAUUCCUUGGUAAAUAUUGGUUAUACGUGCCGAAUACAAGGUUAAUGAUUAGUAGACCAGAUCCUUCUCAUAUCUCAAGGAAAAUUCAAGUGGCAAAAAGUGACACAUUAAAAAAUGGCGAUUUCUGUAUGAUCGAUAUACUUGAAAACGGGUUAAUAGUUUAAACUAAAUUAACUGUUAUAAUUUUGUAUUUUGUACAAAUAAAAUGAAUGUAUAAUCAA